GUGACUUCAAUGAGAGCGAAAAGAGAGGGAAAUGGAGAUAAAGACGCGCAAUUUUAAUCAUGGAGGUUCCUCUGGCAUUCCAUGUGCAUCACUCUUCACCCCACUUCUUACCAUUUUAGCAACCUAGCUUCAUCUCCAUCUCCAUCUUCCCUCCCCAAACAAUCUAGGACUUGUCCUUCUAUACCCUACUCCCCUUGCCCCACCUCAACCCUCCUCUCUUUCGUAUAUAUCAUCUUCAAAAUUUUCCAACUUCCCUGCAUUAGAGGGAAUCGUAAGAUGAGCAAUAGUCCAGCUCCUUGCAGCAGGUCCUGGUCGAUUAGUGAGGACUCUUUGAGAAGAUAUGUGUUCUAUGCAAGUGAGAAUUGCAUUCAGGAAUUAUUGUCAGCUUCGGACUCCAACAAAGUUGGAAGUGGAAAUGAUGGCUGGAAAGUGCUAGGAAUGGACAAUGGUGUUGAGAUAUCGAAACGUCGGUCUGGAUCCCUUCAUACCUUUCGCAGUCGUUGGCUGCUAAAAUCAGUCUCACCCCAGCAGUUCAUUACCGUCGCUAAUGCCAUUGAUGCUGCAAAGCAAUGGGAUUCUGAUAUAGUGGAAGCAAGGUACAUAAAAGAUCUGGAAGAAUACCUGAGCAUCAUACGACUCAAGUUUGGAGAUUGUGCCAAGCCUCUCUUCAGAAACCGAGAAUUCAUUGUUUAUGAGAGACGUGAAACUAUGGAUGAUGGAACUCUGGUUGUUGCAGUAGCUUCUCUUCCAAAAGAAAUAGCAUCUGGAUUGAGCCCGAAACAAAAUAAUUCCAUCAGAGCCCUAUUGUUGCAGUCCGGAUGGGUUGUUGAAAAACUUGAUGAUGAUUCCUGCAUGGUUACUUACGUAGUUCAGUUGGACCCCGCAGGAUGGUUGCCCAAGUGCUUCGUGAAUCGAUUCAAUACCAAGCUGGUGAUGAUCAUUGAAAACCUUAAAAAGCAAGUGCUGGCAUGUCCCACCCAUGGUGAUUCUUGAUGAUUAUAAGCUGUAUAAAGUGGAAAGUAAACAAAGGAAAAGUAUUAUUCUGCAAUAUGAAGAGACCCUAUAUAGUAAUAAUCUAUGCUUUAUCAUAAUUAAGUUGAUAACUGACCAGUAAUCCAGCCAUUAUAUCAUCAAGAAAGCACUUGCUGAUCAUGGAUUUUUGUAUUGACACUGAUUAAUGUAUCGAGCCAAAUCAAGGUCCAAGAUUACCAUCCAAA